AUGAACAAUGUGUCCAGCACCAUCACUAGUUUUCUGCUUCUUGGAUUAAUAGAAUUGGAAAGAUUCAGAUUUGUAUAUGGCACACUGUCUCUUGUCAUCUAUUUAUUUAUCAUUCUUUUUAGUCUUAUGAUUGCAUUGGUGGUUUUGACGGACAAAAGUCUUCAUGAACCAAUGUACAUUCUGAUUUGUAAUCUUGUCCUUAAUGGGAUGUUUGGGAGCACAUCAUUUUUCCCCAAGCUAUUGUUUGAUUUGUUUUCUUCAUCUAACACAGUCUCCCGCACUGGCUGUUUCAUCCAAGCGCUCUGUGUUCUGACUUUUGGCACUUUUGAAAUAUCAACUAUUACUAUUAUGGCGUAUGACAGAUAUUUGGCUGUGUGUCACCCCUUGCACUACAUAACAUUGAUGACAAACACGAAAGUACUGAUGCUCAUCUUUGGAUCUUUAGUUUUCUCAUUCUCAUCAAACUUAAGUUUUAUUAUAUUAUCUGCUGUUCUUCCCCUCUGUGGUGUCGUCAUCAAAAACAUCCUGUGUGGUAACAUGGCAAUUGUUAACCUGUCAUGUGUAGACACGUCUUUAAAUGUAAUGUAUGGAGCCAUAAUUAUUGGAAUUUUUUUCGCUUUUACUUUGUCAACCAUUGCUUAUUUUUAUUUACGGAUAUUUAUAAUCUGUUUUACACUUUCCAAAGAAUCGCGUCAGAAAGCUUUUCAUACCUUGGUCACCCACUUGCUUGGUUUCUCUAUUUUUCUGGUAGGGGCCAUGUUUGUUUUUGUUCGCUUUAGGCUAAACAGCACUAAUUCCCCUAUGGUAGUUCACAUUUUACUCUCUGUAACUCCCUUAGUUGUCUCUCCUUUUUUCAACCCUAUCAUAUAUGGAAUAAGGACAACAACACUAAGAAUGAGAAUGAUUCACCAUCUACAGAAGUUAAAUGUAUGGACUAGUCUAUGA